AUGUCAAAAGAAAUUGACAUUUCUAUACGAUAUUUGGAUAAUGUUCUUUCGUCAAAUAAUGCAAAUCUCAUUUUGAGUGAGUUUUAGAAAAAAAAACAUUAUUCACCAAGAUUCCCUGAAAAUGUAUUUGUUUUCAGAUAGUACUGCUGCUUUAUUGGAAUCGAUCUCAAAACACUGUGACACAACAAAUUAUGAGUUGAAGGUCAGUUUUCUUCCAACAAAAUUGAACUUCUUUUUUUGAUAUUCUGUAUCUCUGUGAUAAAAAAAACCCCAAAAAGCUCACCAAACCUUCAAAAAACCAAAAAAUAAAUAGAAAAAUGACUUGAAAAACAUGUUGUAUUGAUUUUAGAGCCAUUUAGUUUAGAGCGAAUAUGCAGCUAGUUUUUUUCCUCCCCGAUAAAAAAGUGUGUUUGGCUUGGAAAAUGUGUUUUUUUCCAAAUUUUCUGGAGUUUUUACUGGAACCUGUACAUUUGUUUUGAGAAAUGGAACUCAAACAUCUCUUACUUUUUUAUUUCAAUUCAAUUUUCAGUUUGAAGCAUUUUGAAAUGUAGAAAAACUGUGCUGAAGUUCUAUGAAAAGUCAGAAUAGAGCACAUUUGCAUGUCCUUUUUUUCAUCUGAAAAAAAAACGUAUGAAAAGCAGCAAUUUGGCUUGGAAAAUGUGUUUUAUCCAAUUUUCUUGAAACUGAAAUUUUCCAGAAAAUUUAAUCUUUUUGAAACACAAACCUAAAAUAAAAAUAAUAACUAUUCUGUAAUAUUUGUACAGUAUUCCCAUGUUUGAAAUGUAGUAAAGUCGUUUUAAAUUUUCACGAACAAUCUCAAAUGAGCAAAGUCCAAACUAGGUUUUUUGCAUCUCCGAAAAGGGGAAAUGGGGCUAACUUUGGCUUGAAAAAUGUAUUUUUCCUAGUUUUCUCUGGAGUGUUCGGGACCACCAAACCAAAUUUUUUCUAAAACUUAAUCCGAUGAGAAUAUCAAAAUGUUUUGCCACUUAUCAUCAAAAAAUUUUCAUUAUGAAAUGUAGAAAAAUCAAGUUUUAAAUCUGACUGAAUUUCAGAUUAGAGCGAACAUUCUGCACUUUUAGUUUCCUUUUUGACGAAAAAAGAGUAUUGUCUUUAAAAAUGUUUUUUUUCACAUAUUUCUCUGAUUUUCAAGUUGAAAUAUGAAUAUUUUUUGAAAAAUUAAAACUUUAAUUCAUUCUCGAAUUGUUUCUUCAAUAAUUUUUGAAAAUUUUAGUUCAUGAAAUAUAAAAAACAGUCAGUUUACUUUCAAAAAUAAAAUCACGUUGGAGCGAACUUGCAAACACUUAUAUUUUUCGCUAUAUCUUGGACAAAUACAUAUUUUUCAGAGAUGCAUAAUUUCGCUUCUUCGCAUAAUUGAUAAAAAAUGUUUUUUCAAUGAAAAUGUGGAUUUGAAUCAAAUCAAAUAUUCUCUCAAAGAGCUUGGAUCUGUAAGUUAUUUUUCUCUUCUCUCUGGGAAAAUUUUCAGCAAUGUUUUUUAGUUAUGCCCCAAGCAUCCGAAAUCAACUCAAUCUUAUGCUACUCCAAAAAUCAUUGAAGUCGAUUCAGAUUCAGAGGCAAAUCCAGAAGAGGAAAAUAUUGAUAACCUUCUCAAUCAGUUGAAUUUGAAGUUUGUUUUUUUUUCAAUUAUUGGUUCUCGAAAUUAUAAGUAUACUUUUUUUUAGAAAAGUUCCAUGUUUUUCACCAUCAUUUCCGGCAAUUGACGACGAAUCCGAUGAUGAAAAUGGUGUGACAACUAAACAAAAAGAAGAGGAAAGAGCAGAGCAACAUGGUCAAAAAGUGUGUGAGGAAGAAGUUGUCAAACUUCCGGAUGGUAGAGAAAUUCGAAUGAAGAAGACAAAAACUGUGAAUGUUAAACAAACAACAAAACAUGUGAGUGAUCUUUUCCCAGAAAAGGAUAGUGAAACAGCAGAGGGCAUGAAAUCUAACAUUAAAUAAAAUAUUUUUCCAGGUCACAAUCUCGACAAAAAGUGCAAACAUGCCAGAAGUCAGCCGUCAAUUCAUGAACACAAAACGUGGAUUCGACGAAGAUGAAGAAUCCGAAGAUACUAAUUUUGGUAGUCCACUACGUACUGAUCCUUUCGAAAGAUUCAAAUUGAUGUUGCAAGACAAAGAGGAAUCAAGUGAUUCAGAUGCUUCAAACCCAGGAUCUUCUUCAAAAACUAAAACUAUCGAGAGGAACAGUGAAGUUUCUCAAAAAGUUUCAGAGAAAAAAGAGCGAGAUGGUAAACUUUUGGCCGAACAUGAAGCAUCGAAAUUAGAUAAAUCAAAUUUAUUUGCCAAACAAAUUGAUACAUUCCAGGUAUAUAUUUCAUGGGACUUUCCUGAAAAAGUUGUGAUUUUUAUAGGGGAACACUUUGAUUGAUCGAAAAGGCGAGGGAAGUUAUGAAGAAAGCACACUAAUCAAAAGUGAUCAACCACAACAAUCGCAAGUUGCGACACCCCCAAGAAUGCAUGUUGUUGAAUAUAUGAUGGUAAACAUUUUCGCAAAUUUUAUUAUUCUGAAAAUUUCCAAGAAAAACAUUAUUUUUUUGUCAAUUUUUAUUGUUCUUCCACGGCAAAAUGAUGUCGAGACAUUUUGAAGACGUGGCAAGAAAUGAGAAAAACCAUGCCAAAUUUUGAGAAUUAGCAGUAUUAAAAAAUAUAAUUUUAGCUAUGAAUGCAAUGAGCAAUCUCUGGAGAAAAGCAAGUUUUUAGAUACGAUUUUGAGAAAGUUCAAAUUAUGAGAUACUGUUUUCUUUAAGUUUAGCUGAUUGAAAAAAUUGUUUUCUUUAAUUAAUAGUUAGAAUUAUUUCAGACUUUUGAAUUUGAUUUAAAAUAUCAAGCUUCUCCUUUUUCCUUCAUAAGUUGUUUUCCAGAUGUUUGGCGAUGACAACAAAAACAAUGAAAAUGAGUAUCUGAAAGGCACAACAAUUUCAUCCUAUGUUCGGCUAAACAGCAAUCUCAGGUAAUUUCCUAUUCAAUUUUUCAUUCCCCUAAUCAAAAAAACCCUAUUUUUCUUUGUUAAAAAAUUCCUUAUCAUUUCAGAACACACGAAGAGCAAUUCCGAAAAAAGAUCCAAUUCGAGUUUAGCACCGCAGGUAAUUUGAUAUAAUCUUUAUCAAAACUUUCUCAAGCUGAUAAGAGAACAAUCGACCAGAAAAAGGUUUUAAAAAGGCGAACAUAGAACAUUAAAACGGUAAAUGCAAAUAAUUGAAUAAAUAAAUAAAUAAAUAAAAUCCGAAAGUAGAAGUUUUGAAGAAGAAUAGAGAGUGAGGCCAAAAAAGUGUCACAUUACCAUUCUUAUUAGUUUUUCCUAUUCUUUUCUAUCCAAAACUAAAUUUUGGUGUUUCCUAGUGUGUAUUUUCCUUCUUCUUUCUCUCUCUAUAUAUUUUUUCAUCCUAUUUUUUUACCUGAUGUGAUGUGAUGUGAGAAAAUUGAAUCCAGUUUUUUUCACUUUUAUUCACUACAUAUUUUUUGCGCACUGAUAUUUAGCUGAUGAUUUUAUUUCUGAAAAUUUUGAAGAUUUUGUAUCUAUUCCUAUUUUUGAUUCUGAUAUGGAUUUCGAAUUUGAGGAUAAUCCAGUUUCCUGGUAUUAUCUGCAAAUCCUUCCAGGUUUAGUUUUUUGUUUUUUUUUUGAGAAUGAGAUUUUUUAUGACGGCAUAAAUUUUCUAUGAUGAAGUAUUUUAAAUUACUGAAGUUUCGAAGUAGGUUUUAUUUUGAGUUUCUAAUUGUAAGAUUUGGAAAAUCAAACAUUAAUAAAAAAAUAGGCUUAAUUGUAGAUUUUUUGAGUAGAAUUUCAAUUCUAAUUCCAUAUAAAAUCCACAAAACUGACAAACCCCUAAAAAUUCAGGAACAUCUUCAACAACAAUCGAUUUGGACAAUUUAUCCGAUCUUCUCAAUCAAACCGAUUUCAAUUGUCUUCGACCACCACAAAAAUGGCUAGAAGAUGUACCUCAUUCAUCAAACAAUCAACAACCAAAAGCAAUAGAUUGGCAAAGAGAAUCAAUAGAUAAACAUAGGAUUCACAAAGAAAAAGAUUUGCUAUUAGAAGAUGAUGCUCGAGAAUAUAUAAUCUUUCGAGAGAAAAAUGGGAAAGCUCUAGAAGUUCGAGGUGGACCAAGAGAUGCUUUGAUUGUUUAUGCUACUCAACCAGGACAUUCAACACUUUUAUAUCAAGAAGCAUUUUUAAUAACUUUCCGAACAUUCAUCAAUGUUCUAGAACUUGUUAACAAGCUCAUCAAAAGGUAACUAAAUUUUAUUUUUAAUUUCUAUAAUAUUUUCAAAUUUUCAGAUUCAUUUACAUGUCAAUGUCUACCGAUGCACAAUCCGAAUCAAAAGCUCGUCAUACAUUUUCAGUAAUCGUUAGGAUAAUUGACGAAGUUACUCAUUAUGAGCUUGAUCGUGAUUUGAUAACAUCCAUCACUUCUUUUGUCUAUCGAUUGAUUCAUGAGGGAAAUUUCACGUUUUCACGAAUUUUGCGAACAAGGUUGUUGGAGAGAUUGAGAGAGCCUUUUGAUGUUGAACAGUUUUUGUCGACAAAUUUAGCGAAACCAAAAAAGUGAGUUUUGCGAUACUUGAUAGAAAUAUUUGGGGAAUCAGCAAAAAUUGAAAGAGUUUUUCUGAACAAAAUUAUUUCUGUGAUAAUGAAAAUGAUAUUUCCAGACCACAAGACCUGUUUGAUUUCAAAUCUGCGGACAUUGCAUGCCAACUCACAUUUAUUGAUUCCCAACUUUAUCAUAAAAUUGAAUCCGCCGAACUUCUAUGGUGGAGUCAGGAACAAAACGAAAAUCGUAGUCGUAAUCUAGUCAAUUUUACCGAGCAAUUUAAUAAGGUAACUGUUCAUCUUUCAAGAAAACAAAACAAUAAUAUUUUUGUAGCUCUCAUUUUGGGUACGUACACAAAUAAUCAUUCAAUCUAGUCAAAAAGAUCGCGAACGCUACAUGAUGAAAUUUAUCAAAGUGAUGAAACAUCUUCGCGAAAUGUGCAAUUUCAACUCGUAUUUGGCGAUUCUUAGCGCAAUUAUGUCAACUCCUCUUGCCAGACUUGAAUGGGAUAAGAAAAUCAAAGAUGCUCUCAAGGUACCCUUUUCAAAUGUUCAUACUUAUCUAAUUUUUAUUUAAAAACAUUUUCCAGGACCACACCGGAAUAAUGGACACUGCUCAAUCUUAUAAAAAUUAUCGAGCAUUAUUGCAAACCGCCAAACCUCCAUGUGUACCUUAUAUGUUAGUUUUUUCGACAUUUCAAUAGGAAAUUAGCAGGCUUUUGAUAACAUUUGUCUGUCAUUAUUCAAAAAAAACCAAAUAUUUCAUGGAUUUGCUAACCUCGUCCCCUACUUAUUUUCUAAGUUUUGAGAGGUUUGAAAUUGUCAAGAAGGGAGGAUAAUUAAAUUUUCUUCAUGAAAAAUGCAAAUUUAAUAACUCCUUCAAAAGAAAAAGGAAGGAAGAACACUCUUCCUAAUGAACUUUUUUGAAUGGCGGAUAAAUAUAGAUUUUUCAAAAGUGGCUGGAAUUUUGUUGAAAGAAAAAACAUUCUCUGAACUUAAGUGUUCUAGAAUCCCCAAUUUAAUUUAAGAAAAAAAUCAAUAAUAUUUUUUUCAGUGGAAUAAUUCUGCAAGACUUGACAUUUGUCCAUGCUGGAAAUCCGGAUACAAUUCCAGCCGAUCGUUGUAACAACAAGAAAAAUAUUUUAAAUUAUUUGAAGCGUUGGAAUCAAUUUGCAAUUUUGGACAGUAUUCGUAAACUUAAAAAAUGGUAUAUUUUUUUCUAAUUCCAAAAAUAUCUUCUUAUUAUCAAAAUAAAAUUGAUAAAUUAUUAUUGCAGGAAUUACGAUAUCAAGCGAAAUGACAUAAUUAUCCAGUUUUUCAACGGUUUCCAAAAUCGUAUCGAUGAGGAAAAAACAUGGGAAUUGUCACAUUUAAUCAAGCCAUCCAACCGUAAAUCCAAAGCUUGA